GUAAAUAAAUAGCAGGUCUGUUUCGCGAUCGCGCGAAACAAGUCUACGUUGUACGACGUGCGAGGAUGGACGGAACAGAUUUUUUACUUGGCGGCUUAGGAUCGAUGGGAGCCACGCUGAUAACGAAUCCUCUCGAGGUUGUGAAAACAAGAAUGCAACUGCAGGGCGAACUAGCCGCGAAGGGAACCUAUCACAAACCAUACCGAGGUGUCGUGGACGCGUUCGUCACAAUUGCCAAGAACGAUGGCUACAUGGCACUACAGAAAGGACUUGCACCUUCGCUGUGCUUCCAGUUCAUCCUAAAUUCCUGCAGAUUAGGCAUAUACAACACGGCCAAUGAACACGGAUGGACAAAGCAAGCCAAUGGCAAGCAAUCGGUGCUGAAGAGUGCCUUCUGGGGCGCAACAGGUGGUUUCGUCGGGUCUGCCCUGGCCAGCCCAUUCUUCAUGCUCCGUACUCACCUCCAAUCCCAAGCGAAAGCUGUAAUUGCAGUAGGCUAUCAGCACCAGCACACCGGGAUGAUGAGCGCAUUGAAGGAAAUCUUUCAAAAGCACGGUGUCCAGGGGCUGUACCGGGGAGUGUCCGUUACCAUGCCACGUGCUCUGCUCGGAAGCGGCGGUCAGCUAGCGGCGUUUGGGUACACGAAAGAUUUUCUAACACGACGUCCGAUUAUGCAACACCAAAGCGAAACGUUCGUGUCCACGGUGGCCGGUGCCGUCGGUGGUACGGUCAUGGCCAUCACAAUGACUCCACCGGAUGUGAUAGCAACGAGACUGUACAACCAAGGCAUAGAUGCAAAGGGGAAAGGAAUCUACUAUAAGGGCGUGGUGGACUGUUGUAUUAAAAUUUUGAAAACGGAAGGUAUCGGGGGUCUCUACAAAGGUUUUUGGCCCCACUACAUGCGCAUCGGGCCACACGCAACAUUAGUGCUCUUAUUUUUCGACGAACUGAAAUUAUUACGUACAAAGUACUAUGCUUCGAAGAUUUUAUGAUUUGAAGUUGUCACCUUUCGAACAGUAGUUUUGUCUUAGUUGUCGUUUGCCUUGGGGGUAUGCGAUCAAUCUCUGAACCAGAAAAUAUAAAACUCUACCCCAGGGUUAUUGUUAAACU